CGCUGAGGCCCUGCAGAGCAUGUUCCUGCUCAUGAGCCCGCGGCAGCUCUAUGAGCACUUCAAGGACGAUUACGAGAUCCAGGACAUUGGCUGGAGUGAGGAGAAGGCAGCCGCCAUCCUGGAGGCCUGGCAGAGGGAGUUUGUGGAGCUGGCACAGGAAUGCCUCCCGCAGAACAGCUCCCAGCGCGUCCACGCCUUCUCCACUACCACGCUCAGCGACAUCAUGAAGUCCUUCUCGGACGUGAGCGCCAUCCGCGUGGCCGGAGGCUACCUCCUGAUGCUGGCGUACGCCUGCGUGACAAUGCUGCGCUGGGACUGCUCCAAAUCCCAGGGGGCCGUGGGCCUGGCCGGCGUCCUGCUGGUGGCCCUGUCUGUGGCGUCAGGACUCGGGCUCUGCUCGCUGCUGGGGAUCUCCUUCAACGCAGCCACCACCCAGGUGCUGCCAUUCCUGGCCCUGGGCAUCGGGGUGGACGAUAUGUUCCUCCUGGCUCACGCCUUCACCGAGACCAGCCAGCACGUCCCCUUCAAG